CGUGACACUUGUCGUUAAGUAUUUGCGUGUUGUAUUCACAAAAUUUGCACCAAAAACCCAAGCCGGUAAAAGAAAAUUCCCUGAACUGUCACCCGAGAGUUGCAGCCACAGCCGCAGCACCAAAACCGAGCAGAACCGAAGAACUAGAGAAGAAGAAGAGGAGAAGCAGGAGAAGCAACCCAACAGUAGCCGCAGCAUCCCAUUCAGCCAGCCAGCAACAUGUCAGACGGCAUUGAAGUUGAACAAAUUGUGGAGAGCAAGCCGAAAAGGAUGCCGGUGGCCACGUCACUGGACAAGGAGGCCAUUCGGGAGGCGUACGAGGACGUGCGCUCGGAUCUGACCGACACGGAGUGGGCGGUGUUCAAGUUCGAUGGGGCGCAGAUAAUCGUGCAUGGGCGUGGCCAGUGCUUCGAGCAGUUCCGUGAGCAGUUCGGCGACUCGGAGCGCGCCUUUGGCUACAUCCGCAUACAGAUGGGCGACGAGAUGUCCAAGCGCAAGAAGUUCAUCUUUCUGACAUGGAUCGGCCAGGAGGUGGGCGUGAUCCAGCGUGCCAAAAUGUCCACGGACAAGGCGCUCAUCAAGGACGUGCUGAAUAACUUUGCCGUGGAGCUGCAGGCGGGCGUCCAGGCGGAGCUGGACAUCGAGCUGUUCCGUGAGGCACUGAAUCGUGCCGGCGGCGCCAACUACGGCACUGGCGUCCGGGACAACUGAGCCGGGACACACGGACGGAGCAUCCACGUCAUCCUGUUCACCAAUCGAUUUCAAGCACUUCCUCCUCCUGCCCCUCCUUGCUCCGCCUUGGCUCUGCCGUUUUUCCUGUGCACCUCUUCAAUUGCUGACUUAAUCCUGCUUUUUUACUUAAUUAUUAUGAAUUAAUUUUAUGCGAUCUUAAAAUAUUUACU